CACCCCGCCCCAUUGCCAUGCCUACUAUUGAACUCAUAUGAUAGAUUGCAUUUAUUAUCAAUAAAGGAAUUAGUUACCUUUGAUUCAGAUUCAAUACAUAGCUUCGUGAAUUUCUGAAGGGGCAUUUCGUCUUGCUUUUUCACUUGUGUCAGGUGGAUGUUAACAUGCUCUAGAUUUACAUGACUCUUUAGAAUCAUUCCCACUAUUUAAACGUAUUUGCUACAAAAUUUUAACCAAAUAUAUUAACUUUUGUUGACCAAUUUUUGCUUAUAUUUUGGGACGAAUGGAGUAGUUGUUAAUUGCUAUUGCUUUUGCUUCUUUUGAUGCAUAAGAUAUACAGUAAUUAUAGCUAACCAAUCUACGAAAAUAAGGAAGGAUUGUGGACGAUACAAGGGAAGAAGAGGGGUUUUAAAAAAUUUAGGGAUUGUGCCAUCGAAAUUAAGGAGAUACUUUCAAUAUAAUGCACUUGAAUGAUUAAUGAUCAAAUAAUAGUUGGGGGCAGAGCCAUUAUUCAAGAAGUUUUAUGACUAACUUGAAUAACGUUUUACCGAUCUAGAUUCAUGAGGCUUAUUCUAGAGUACUGUUAGCGCUCGGAGGGAGUGGGUGGACCAAAACACCUAUGUCCCAAAGACUAGAAAGCGCAGGAACCCGAGGGUAGUUGAAGAUAGCUCGCAGACACAAAUGGAUUACUCCUCCUAGGUGGUUGAUCUAACACAGGCGCAAGAGUAUGCGGGGUAUGCUGCGGAGGGAUUUCAGGGAUAUGAUCGGAUGGAGGAGGAUGGUAUGUUUUAUCAGCCACAUGAGGAGGCAGAGGGUGAGGAGGUGGGACAUGAUGAGGAUGUUGAGGCAGAUUAUCUUGUGGCAGAUGAUAUUGUGUCUGAGGCUCAGCCUAAGCCCGAGUCUCGGCGACGUCGUCGUGGUCCGUUGAUACCGUCGUGCCCUGUUGUAGGGCCUCCCUUUCCUGGAGGUCUUGAGACCACGGUAUUGUUGUCCAACUACGCGAGGCACGUGGAGAUCCCUCUUUGGGUGAACCACCAUAAUAAGAUGCUUCUGAAUUUAGGAUUCAACAUUGCUAUCACAACUCAUUCAAGAUGAAUAGCUCCACAAGCGAUGCUUUGUUUGAUGAUGCAUGUGCGUAUGACAAUGCAGUAAAAUCUACAUGUCAAGAAAAGUAUUCUGAAUUUGCAGAAGUCAUGAGUGAUUACAGGGAUGGACGAAUUGACCCAGGAGGUGUCAAAGCAAGAGUGCACGAGUUAUUUAAAGGCCAUAAACAUUUAAUUUUGGGAAUCAACAACAUCAUGCCAAAGAAUUAUGAAAUCAUACUUCCUCCAUCAGAUGAAAAAGUGAAUCGACAAGAUGCAACAACUUUUCUCAAACAAGUAAAAGUUGUGUUUCAAGAUAAGAUGGAAAAAUAUUAUGAGUUUCUACAAGUCAUACACGAUCACAUGAAUCUAACAAUUGAUAUAUUAGAUGUCAUCAAAACAGGGAUGGAGCUAUUUAAAGGGCAUGUCGAUUUACUUUCGGGAUUAAACUACUUCUUGCCAGAAAGAAUCCAAAUCACAUUUCCAUUGUUGCAUGAUCAUAAACAAGGUCAUCAAUUAGUGAUAAAAGAUGCAUUUCUCAAUGAAGUCAAAGCCGUGUUUCAUGAUAAGUUGGAAAAAUAUUUUGAGUUUUUACAAUUGAUCACGGAUCACAAGGCUCAAGGAAUUGAUACGAGAGGUGUUGUGGCAAUAGUGAAAGAGUUAUUUAAAGAGCAUAGAAAUUUAAUUUUGGGAUUCAAUGCCUUCCUGCCAGAGGAACAUCGAAUCACACUUCCAUUUGAGCUUCAUUGCCAUGAAACUGGGAAAAGAAGAAUGGUAGCAGCUAACUAUGAGCUUUCUUGGGAUGUUCUUGAUAUCAUUUCCAAAUCUCUAGACUUUGAUGAUCUCUUUCAAUUUGCUUGUGUGUGUAAGAAUUGGAGGGCAUUUCAUAAAAUGUAUUGGAGAAAUUUCUUGGCAUUACAAGAACCAUUACUUGUUCAAAAGUCUUCCUUUUUCAAGAAAUCUUUUUCCUUUAUCAGCAUACCUAACCAAAAAGUUUAUCGCUCAAAGAUGAUCAAUUAUUUCUGGCACUUUGCAUAUUCUGGAUCUUCUAGUGGAUAUUUGAUCAUGACAGGGAACAAUAACUCAUUUCUGCUAAUGAAUCCAUUUACGAGAAGAAAGAAGGUAAUCAAUACCUCAACCUUUAAAGUAAAUUUUUCUUAUUUCGCUUACCGUGUCUUGCUUGCUUUUGACAAAGGCUCCAAGGAUUUUGUCUUAGUGGCUUUAUGUAAAAGUUCUAACAGUUUGCAUGUCUAUCAAUCUCGAAAUUUUGGUUGGGUUACUUAUUCAACAAUGGGAUAUCCAUGGAUGAUUGUUGACUUUGUUGUUUUGCACAACACUAUAUAUGUUGUCAACGACAAGGCCAACAUAGGGAUACUCAACUUAAAUUCUGCAAAUAUAAAGUUUUUAGAAAUGAAGAGUAUUCCUAGCGUAACUUCCUUGUCACACCUAAGGUUGGUUAGUUGUGAUGAACAACUUUUUGUGGUUCAUACCAAGCCCGGUGUAGUAUUUAAUGUGUAUAAGAUUGACUUUUCAACCAUGAAGUAUGUCAAGUUGAAAACUUUGGGAGACAUUGCAUUAUUAUAUGCUCCUGGUGGAAACUACUAUGCCUUGAGCAACCCGAACAGAUGGGGUUAUGAAAGCAACUCUGUGUAUGUCCUUGAUCGUUCCUCUACAAAAUGCAGAGUGUAUGUAGGGGAUGAUAACAAGCUGCCAAAGUACAUUGGGCCACGUGAAGGUCUUCAUAUUAUGAGACCCUACUGGUUGGACUGGUCUUUUAGACAUCUUCACUACGAGAUAGAUUAUUCUCUAGCUGACUAAAUGCUUAUUGUACACCAUGUAGCUUUUGAUCUGUGUUUGAUCUUGUUUCUCACAUUUUCUUUUUGUUUGCCAAUAGUUGAAGUAGACUUAAAAUACUGGUAUCGUUUAUAAUCUGACUUUUUUUUUUUUUACCCUAUUA